ACUAAUAGGAAGCUCUACGUUUCCGUGUUACAAGGUUUCCUAUAGGCGGGCACAACAACAUUAGUGCUUCGGAGGUAAUAGAAGUACAUUUACGGUAGUAAAAGAGCUAAACCAACUCGAAGGAAGUAUUAUAUCUAGUGUAGGCCUAUUAUUCUCAUAAACGUAGCUAUAAUAAUACGUUUAGAAAAUUUAGUGAAGUGACGCUAGAGUGCUAUGAACGCGGACUUGGAAGCUCAAGAGGAUGAACUGCUGGCGCUCGCGAGUAUCUACGGUAAGGAGUUCCGACCGGCUGUGUCAGGAUUGGGUGGAGAAAUCCGGGUCUCUUUGGACCUACCUCGGGACUUCAGUGUGAUUGUCAAAGCAGGUGACAAGCACAGAGAUUAUGUCAUAUCUUACCUCCCUCCUCUGGUGCUGACCUUCGACCUACCUUUGGAUUACCCCUCCACCUCAUCACCCAAGUUUAUACUGAGCUGUAAGUGGCUCUCCCAUAGUCAGCUCUCAGUAGUGUGCAAGCAUUUGGAUGAGAUAUGGCAGGACACUGUGGGCAGCGUGGUCCUCUUCUACUGGGUCCAGUUCCUCAGAGACGACCUGCUCGACUUCCUGCAUAUCCAGCCACCGCUGGAGAUCCCUGUCAAUGACCAGGGCAAGGCCACUCCAUCCACUGAGGGCAGAGAGGCUGGAGAGUCUCAGGGGGCUGCAGAGGGCAGUGUUGUUGGAAGUGUAGUUGGAACAUCUGAUGAGGCUGCAGUUUGCCUGGACCCAAGGGCCCUCUCAAUGUUAGCCACAGACACAGACCUCCUGGUGCAGCUGCUGGACUAUGAUGAGAGACAUAGGCUGAGAGUGUUUGAGGGACAGGCAUAUGACUGUGGGAUCUGCUUCAUGAGCAAGUUAGGCUGUAGUCAGUUCAGAGAGUGUGGCCAUGUUUACUGCAAUGAAUGCAUGUCGGAGUACUUCACGGUCCAGAUCAGAGACGGGAACGUCCGUGGCCUUACCUGUCCAGAGCCUGAGUGCGGCUCCACAGCUACACCCUCACAGGUGAAGCAGUUGGUUGGGGAGGAGUUAUUCACCCGUUACGACCGCCUUCUGCUCCAGUCUACUCUGGACCGCAUGGCUGACGUGAUUUACUGCGCCCGCAAGGCCUGUGUUGCCCCAGUGGUGCUGGAACCGGACACAACCGCUGCCCUCUGCCCCUCCUGCCGUUAUGCCUUCUGCACUAUCUGUCGCAAGACCUACCACGGCACUUCCAACUGUAAGCUGAGGGCAAACACACUCCUGACCUCAGGCUCUGACUCAGCUGCUGAGUCAUCCUAUGUAGGCAUACCUCAGACAGAAGCUGGGAUCCAGGGCCUAUGGGAAGACUAUGCCUCAGGCAGUGAGGAGAGGAGAAAGUUCCUGGAGAAACGCUAUGGGAAACACAUUCUCAACACAGUGGUGGAGGAGAGCCUGAGUGAAGGCUGGAAAGGCCAGAACAGCAAAGAAUGUCCAUCCUGCUGUGCCAACAUACAGAAGAAUGGUGGCUGCAACAAGAUGGCCUGUUUAACCUGUGGGAGGAGGAGCUCUACCUAAACUGGAUAAAUAGGACAUGAGACUAGAUAUCUCCAGACGACUUCACUGACAUUGACCUUAAAGGUUUAGAAGAAAACAGACAGGAUAAUUGGCACGUAUCAGAAUGGGUUGUUACACUGCACUCAUUGCUUUUCUAUUUAUCCUUCACACUGUGAAUGGACAGACUACUACAGCAACUCCACCAUCGAGCACUACUGAUCCACCAUUGAGCUCAGCAGCCCCACAGUCAAGUGGGACUCCUGCCCCACAAACGAGCUCAACUGAUCCACUGUCAAGCUCAACAGCCACUUCAUCCUCAACAACUUCACCAUCAGAUACAACAGCUUCAUCAGUUGGUAUAACACCCUCGUCAACAGAUGUAACAUUUUCUGGGUAUAGUACAACUAACCCAGUUCCUCUGGUGGCUUCAUUCUCAAGGAAAUGUUCUUCACAUCCACCUCUGUGUUGUCUUGGACAAAACAAUUCCUGUUUCAGAGGGUGCUUCUGUGAUGUGGCCUGUCUACAGCUUAACGAUUGCUGCCCAGACUUCCAGACUACUUGUGUGACCGGUGUGCAGAAUGGAACUUCCUUAUCAGCCACGGUGUCCCCAGUCUCCAAUGCAACCAAUGCAACCAACGCAACCAACGCAACCAAUUCCACUUCCACAUCAUUCCCAGUAUUCUCAUUUCCAGGUUCCUUUAGUUUUCUUCUCUACCACAUCAAAAUGUGAAUUUUCUAAGUACAUUUUAUCAAGGCUUUACAUUUAACCUUCCUGUUUAAUAAUGUAUGUUAUUCCAAUCAUCCUAAAGGAAAUUGUUCUGCGCAGCCGGCCUUGUGCUGUAAAGGCACCAACUUGAACUGCUUCAGAGGGUGCUUCUGUGACAAGUCUUGUCGGACUCAAAAUGACUGCUGUCCUGACUAUGCAGAUACCCUUGAUCCCUCUUUUUUUUAAACAUUAACAGUUAAAGCGUACAUGAUGUGUUUGAUAGUAUUUUGCUCUGUACCUGUUUUGGGUAACACCAAAAACUGGCCUGAGUUUCAAUGUCACAGGACACCCAACAUCGAAGAGGGAUGGGCAAUUAUUUUUUAUUUUUUUUGCCAUUAAUGAAAAGUAUGUCAUCUUUUUUAGACAUUCAGACGGUGAUUGGUAGUUUGAAGAUAUCCAUUCUUGCUCCAUCCAAUUCAACUGAUGCAUCUCUUGAAGUGUCUAUUCAGAAGGCAGCAUUACAGCUGCAGGUCUAUCUCAAGGCAACAUACAGUGAAAUCAGCUCCUUCAGAAUCAUCAAACUAAAGAAGACCGGAAAGACUUGAUUUGUAAAUCUGCUCAAACACAUCAGAAAUAUGUAAUUAGGUUGCAUUUUUUCUUUAUCUCUCUGUGAAACUAAACAUAAUUGAUUAUAUUAUGAUGUAAACCACUUGUAAUAGAUGCUUCUAAUGUACACUACCAGUCAAAAGUUUGGACACACCUACUCAUUCAAGGGUUUUUCUUUAUUUUUACUA